AAAGGCGCACGGUUCGUCAGGCCACAAGCCUUGUGAAGUCCGGUCCACACCGCCCCGUCGUUUAGUUUCGACAACAAGCGCGAUUCGGAUUUCCCCGAUCAUGGCCGGAACCGGCGGCGAUCCCCGUCUCCGGCCUCUCCGUGCGCUAGCCGUCCUCCUCCUCCUCCUCCUCCUCCUCGAGGCUCCGGCGGUCCUGGCCAAGUCCCGCAUCCCGAUCUCCGACAAUGAGAUCAGGCAGAAGAAGAGCGAGUGCUAUGCCGAUGUAGAGAGUGGCUUAUGGGGUUGGCAAUGCAAGUCUUCAAUGAUAGCGAAGGAAAACUGUGCUUUGAAAUGCCUUUCUCCAACUUGUUAUGAGAUUGUCUAUGAAAGUGAUCCACUUGAAGAAGGAGAGAAAGACUAUACACGGGGCCAGGAAUACAAAUACUGCAUGCAUAAGUUAUCACUAGGAGAGAGUCUUGAAGGCAUCAGAGGAUCCUUUGAUUAAUUAGGCAACUUCGACAUCAUUUCAGAUCAAAUUGCUAGAAGCAAAAAUUGCGGAUACCUUUGGCUGUGUUACUUCUGCUUCUGAUAUUGUCAUGGAGGGCAAGCUUGUUGCAGCAAAUGUACAAAAGAGAUCGGUCUGGGUUUCUUUCUGGAGCAACUGGAGUCAAUGAUAACUCUUGUAUCAAUUUGUCUGAUCACAAAGGCGCAACGACAGUAAAUAAGAAGCUCACCUUUGGCUCGAAGGGCACUCUAGUUCAGUGGAUGCUGAUUUGAGUAUGUCGUCUGAGUCUCAUCUGUUUCUUGAAUGGGGUCUAGAUGCUGCAAAGUAUGUACUGUAGAACUAUGCUAUGUUCCAAAAACGUCUGCCCUAUACUCUUUAUUGGUCAGUUAAGGUCUAGUUAUACAGAAUUCUCUGGUUCUUCGUAGUCCAAGACUGCAUUUUGUUGUAUCGUGAUUCUGAAACCUCAGUAUUCGUGCGGAAAUUGCCUGAGUAGUUGGUGUUGCUAA